CCGUCCCGUCCCGUCCCAUCCGCGGUCCGGGCGCGGGGAGGCCCCACCCCGGGGCGGUCGCCGGCGCCGCGCUAGGACCCAGGUGUCCGGGAGAGGAGCAGGAAGCGGGAGCCGCCGGCCGCCGGCGCGGGGCCGUGGGGCGGGGGGCCGUGGGGCGGGGGGCCCCGCCAUGGGGCCGCCGGGCCUGGCGCUGCUGGCGCUGCUGGCGGCCAUGGGGCGCUGCGCCCCCCGCGACACCCUCGCCUGCUCCCAGGGCCUCGCCUGCCGCCUGCUCGGUAAGUGCCGCGCGGCCUGGCCGCCGCCGGACCCACGGCGCCGGGGAGCCGGGCGACCCCCGGGACCCACGGCGCGGCCCCCCCUCCCCGCAGAGGCGGACGUGCUGUGCGGCCCGGAGGCGCCGGGGCCGGGCCCGGGGCUGGUGCCGGCGCGGCUGCGGCUGGAGCCGGCGCUGCGGUGCGCGGGGGCCGCGGCCUGUGCGCCCUGCCUGCGCGCCCGCCUCGACCUGGCGCUGGGGGCGGCCGCCGGCCCCCCGCGGGCCCCGCCGGGGGACGGGGACGGCGCCGUCGCCGGGAUCCUGCUGCUCUCCGGCCACGCGUACUCCUGGUCCCGCUGCGUCGCUGUGGAGGUGCGGGCGCCGCUGCGCCCCGGCGGCACCCUGGGCUCGGUGACGUUCCAGUGCUUCGAGGCGGCGCUGGGCUCCGAGCUGCGCGUCACGGCUUACACCAACGCUCGCGGCCGCCCGAGGCUGAGCCGCAGCCGCCGGGUGCCAGACUGCUCCUGGCCCGCAGCGCAGGCCGCCGUCCCGCAGUGCCGAGUGCCCCGGCUGCAGGUCUGGCGCGGGCCCGCGGUGGCGGUGGUGCAGGUGCAGGAGGCGGCGGCAGGGCACGGCUACACCCUGCGGCUCUACCACAACCGGAGCCGCGGCGCCGGCGCCGGGCGCGCCGUGACGGCGAGCGGGCCCCUCAACUACAGCCUGCCGGCCGACGAGGUGCUGCCCUGCCUCUGCCUGCAGGUGUGGCCGGAGAUCCAGGACCCGCCGCGGGCCACCUCGUGUCCCUUCUCCCGUGACGCCGAGGCCUGGGAGCGGCUCUGGGCCCGGAGCCGGCUGCUCCUGCACGACGCCGGCGACUCGCUGACCUGCUCCGUCUCGGCCCCCUGCGACCUCCCCGCGGAGCUGGUGCCCUGCUGGCGGCCGGAGCCCGCCGGGCCCUGCCAAGCGCUACCGCAGCUGCGGCAGCCCCUCGCAGCGCAGGGCCCCCAGGAGUUCAAGGCGCUGCGGCCGCACCCCAACCUCUGCGUGCAGGCGCGGAGCGGCGGGCAGGUCCGGCUGACCCAGUGCCUGCGGGACCGAGCGCUGCCCGGCCGCGCCGACGACCUGCUGCUGCUGGAGAGCCGCGGGCCCGGGGGCAACGCGUCGCUGUGCGCCCUGGAGCGGGGCGCCUGCACGCCGCUCGCCAGCUUCACCAGCACGGGCGCUGGGCGGCCCGGGCUGCUGGAGCCGUGGCUGCGGCAGGACGUGGCGGCGGGGCAGUGCGCGCAGGUGUGGCGGCAGGAGAACGGCACCGUGGCGGCGCUCUGGGCCUGCCCGCUGCACAAGUACCUGCACGCCCGCUGGGCGCUGGCCUGGAUGGCGGCGCUGCUCUGCGCCACCUGCAUCCUGCUGCUGCUGCUGCUCAAGCAGGAGGACGUGAAAGGCUGGCUGAAGACCCUGCGGGCCGGCUGCAGCCCCCAGGGUCCGGCGCGGGGCCGCCGGGCGCUGGUGCUGCACGCGGCGGAGCCGUCGGCGGAGCGGGCGGCCUGCGCGCUGGCGGCGGCCCUGCGCCCGCUGGGGCUGGCGGCGGCGGCGGCGCCGGGCGGCGGGACGGCGGCGGCCGCCCGGGGGCCGCUGCCCUGGCUGCACGCCCAGCACCGGCGGGCGCUGCGGGGCGGCGACACCGUGGUGCUGCUGCUCUCGCCGGCCGCCGCCGCCGCCGCCCGCCGCUGGGACCGCGACGACGAGGACGGCGGCGGCGACGGGCCGGGAGGCGUCGAGGGCCCGGCGGCGUGCGAGGCCUUCGCGGCGGCGCUGGCGUGCGUGCUGCCGGCGCUGGCGGCGGGCAGCGGGCGCUACGUGGUGGCGCGGCUGGAGGCGGCGGUGCCGGCGGUGCCGCGGGCGCUGCGGGCCGCCCCGGCCUUCGCGCUGCCCUCGCAGGCCCCCGCGCUGCUGCGCGCGCUCGCCGGCCGCGGGCGCCGUACGGAGCCGCAGGUGGCGCGCGCGGCCGCGCGGCUGCGGCGCGCGCUGGCGGGCGGCCAAUAAAGGCGCGCGGGUGCGCGCGCGCGCGGCCUGCUCGGCGCUG